GCGGCCCGGGCGGCGGUGGCGGCGGCGCCCGAGUUCCCCGUAGGGCCCCGCCUCGGAGCGGGCGGCGGUGGAGGAGGAGACUGAGGAGCAGGAUGGCGGCCUCGGCCCUGUACGCCUGCACCAAGUGCACCCAGCGCUAUCCCUUCGAGGAGCUCUCCCAGGGCCAGCAGCUUUGCAAGGAAUGUCGGAUUGCGCAUCCCAUUGUAAAAUGUACUUACUGCAGAUCAGAAUUUCAACAAGAGAGCAAAACUAACACGAUUUGUAAGAAGUGCGCUCAAAAUGUGAAGCAAUUUGGCACCCCUAAGCCUUGUCAAUACUGUAACAUAAUUGCAGCAUUUAUUGGUACCAAGUGUCAGCGUUGCACAAAUUCAGAAAAAAAAUACGGACCACCUCAGACUUGUGAACAGUGCAAACAACAAUGUGCUUUUGAUCGGAAGGAGGAAGGAAGAAGAAAGGUUGAUGGGAAGUUAUUAUGCUGGCUCUGUACUUUAUCGUACAAGAGAGUUUUACAGAAGACAAAAGAACAAAGGAAGAGCCUGGGAUCCUCACAUUCAAAUUCGUCUUCUUCAUCUCUGACUGAGAAAGACCAGCAUCAUUCAAAACAUCAUCACCACCAUCAUCACCAUCACCAUCGUCACAGCAGUAGCCAUCACAAAAUCAGCAAUCUGAGUCCAGAACAAGAGCAGGGACUGUGGAAACAGAGCCAUAAAUCCUCUGCAGCAAUUCAGAAUGAAACUCCAAAGAAAAAGCCCAAAUUGGAAUCUAAGCCAUCUAAUGGAGAUAGUAGCUCUAUAAAUCAGUCAGCAGAUAGUGGGGGAACAGACAAUUUUGUCCUUAUAAGUCAACUGAAAGAAGAAGUGAUGUCACUUAAACGUCUCUUACAACAGAGAGACCAGACCAUUUUAGAAAAAGAUAAAAAGUUAACUGAACUUAAGGCAGACUUUCAGUACCAAGAGUCAAACUUGAGAACAAAGAUGAACAGUAUGGAAAAAGCUCACAAAGAAACUGUGGAACAACUCCAGGCCAAAAACAGAGAACUACUCAAACAGGUUGCAGCAUUGUCAAAGGGUAAAAAGUUUGACAAAAGUGGAAGCAUAUUAACAUCCCCUUGAGAAGUGGUUAUUCAUUAGUGUUUCUGCUGAAAAUGUAAAAUUGGAAAAAAAUUCUGUGAAG